CAACACGCUAAUACUGAACAGCAGUCUGUGAGGCAAUGUUUUUUAUUCAGGCAGUUUAAUGACGCCUUUUGAUGACGUCAAGGUCUUUAGGGCCCCUAAGAUGGCCAUGCUGGCAGAACCCCGCAGAAAACAAAAAUGGUCUGUUGACCCAAGAAACAGUGCCUGGAGUAAUGAUGACUCCAGGUUUGGUCAGAAGAUGCUGGAGCGAAUGGGUUGGUCGAAAGGCAAGGGCUUGGGCAGGAGUGAGCAGGGAGCAACUGACCACGUCAAAGUAAGGGUGAAAAAUGACAGCUAUGGUCUCGGAGCAAAUGCUAGCUAUGAGGACAACUGGAUUGCCCACCAAGACGACUUCAAUGAGCUUCUUGCUCAGUUGAACAACUGUCAUGGACAAAACAACAGCAGUAGCAGUGAUCCCGUACCAGAUGAACAGAAAGGGUUCAGCUUGGAGGCAAAAUCAAAGACCUCUAAGAAGAGGGUCCACUACAUGAAGUUCACUAAAGGCAAAGACUUGUCCAGCCGCAGUGAGACAGACCUCAACUGUAUCUUUGGGAAAAGAUCAAGGCCAUCUAAAGAACCAGAGCAGGAGAGCAACAGCAGUGAUUCUCAGGGUGAGACAGAGGAACCUUCGACUUCCGCCACAGCUGAAUUGGACACAGAAUCCAUCACUAAGACAGUGACCAGUACUCUCAGUAUGCAGGAGUAUUUUGCUCAGCGAAUGGCUCAGCUGAAGAAGGCUCGGGGACAGACAGAGGCAGAGACCAGUGAGACAUUUGAGCCGUUCGAAGAGCUCAGUGUGGUUCACGCCAAUGUUGAGAAUACAGAUGAGCCCAAAAAGAGAAAGAAGAAAAAGAAACGAGCCACAGAAGAGCCAGAAGUGAACAGGGACGCCUGCAGUAGUCCGACGGUCGUAGAAGAGAAUGUGAACCCGGACGAGAAACGUUCUAAGAAGAAAAAGAAGAGAAAAUCAGAAAAGGCUGCAGAUGGAACCUCCAGCUUCACGUGUGAUGUGGAGCUGAACUGCGAGGAGCUUCCUCCUCCUCCUCCACCCAAAAAGAAAAAGCAAAAGAAGCACAAUACAGAAACUGAGAUGGAAAAAGGACACAAUUCAUCUGAAGAUCAAAUCGCAGUCAUAGAGGUUGAACAGAAAAAAACAAAGAAACACAAAGAAGAUGCGAGCAGCGGUGAGGAGGUGGUGAAGAAAUCCAAAAAGAACAAGAAGAAGAAGAAGAAACAUCAAAACUAGGAUGGAGUCGAGGAUUGGAACAGAUCCUUCAGUCUUAACUGAGAUUUUUUAAUUGUGCAGCGUUGACUUUACUAUCCUAUAAUAAGAUGAAUCAGUUCUAUAAAGACACUUCUACAAACUGAUGUUUAACAUUCAGUCAAGUUAAGCCUCAGGCUGUAUGGAUGGACAUUUAGAUCAGAUUAGUGAUUAGCUCCCUGUUUAUGGCAAAAUCGAGUUGAGCAUUUGGGCUUAGUUUUGGAUAAAAAGGCAGCCUAGUGUUCAUGCUGUAUAUGAUGCCUCAUGUAUCUAUCUGUCAUCAGUGUUUCUGAUUUUUUUUCCCUUCAAUGUAGACCAUUAAUUCUCCCGACAUUUGUCAAAAAUUGAGGGCUCUCUAUGAUUCCAGCAUUGAUCAACAGUUGAGUCACGAUCAACUUUUUAUUCCUCAAACGUUAGAUUUGGUUGGAAUUAAAUCAGAGAUCAUCUGAACAAAUCCCCCACCCCGCUGGUCUGUCUUUUUUAGAAAACCAUUUGACUUGUCCGCCUCCUCACCAAAACUAAAGAAAACCUCGUUCAUCACCCUCAGUUUCGCUUUACGUAAAGUGUAAAACCCCAGCGAUCAGACAAAGGUUGUCUUUACAACACAUCAUUUCAACCCUGACAAUAAAUUUGACGUGACAACUCUGGGCUGGUUGGACUCGUUUGGCUGUGGUGGUGGGUAGAACGAGUCAAAGAGUUUUUGCACAACAGCUCACAUGGAAUUUUCAGUUUGGAAAAAGUGGCGUGAUGACAUGGGUUCAUUUUUCAUCGGGUGAAGAACACACAACCUGACUAUUACUACAAUCACCUGAGGUGGAGGGUUGUAUUUAUGCUCCAUGUGCUGUCACUAAUUACAUGGGUUAAAAGUGUGAGAGCUUGUCAGUCAUGAAGGGUGAAAAAUCACUUGUGUUUUUUCCCCUCCUUGUCAGGUGUGAACAUGUGUGAUGCUUCGUGUAUUUGUAAAGUUUUAACAGUUGGUUCUCAGUAGCAGCACCAUACAGCGAUACGUGUCUGGAUUUACCUCAAUCUGUGCAAAGAUGAAACUUCCCACCCUCUACUUACACUAGCUAUUUUUUUAUUAAAUAAAAAAACAUUCUUUAAAACAU